GAUUUUAAAAACAUUCAACGUUCUUAUUGUGAAGAAGUAUUCGAGCGGAGAGCUCAAGGUCUUAUAGAAAAAUAUGCACCAGGAGAAAGAUACAUAGCUACAAUGUUAUUAGAUCAGAAACAUACUUGGGUAAAGUGUUUUACAUCUCGUCGUUUUACAGCAGGAACGCAAUCUACACAACGCGUAGAAUUUGAAAAUUCACUAGUUCAAAAAGCUGUACAAUCAAUACCAAUAUCAGAAGCUUUGUUAUUUGACGAUGAUUCAUUUGAACCAUUUUUUGAACAGGAACCCAGUGAUGAUCUUGAAAUUCCAGUUGAAGCAGAUGAAGAUCGAGAAUUUAACUUACAGUCCUUAAUCAUGAUGUUAAUCACAAUGAAAUUGUGGAAAUUUGAAAAGUCUAGCAUUAUAAUUAUUCAAAAUGAAGAUCAACGGAUUCAAGCUGAAUUAAUUAGACAGCAAGAGUCUCUGAAUAAACAAAAAUUGACUACACCAAAUAACCCAAUAAUCAAUGCAAAUUGGGUUUUACUUGAUUGUACAAAUGUUUUAGAUUCACUAAGACAUCGAGCAAAAGGAAGACCACCAUCUAAAUGA